CCACUGCUCACGCCGGGACAGACGCUCCAAGCCCCGUGUCAGGUGUCCUGCAGGUUUCGCUCCAGCGCUGACUCCGCGGAAGUUCGUACAGUGGUGUGUCUGGCCUGAGUGAUGGACAGCGGCGGUUUUCGGCGUUCGUGGGCCACACAGUCGCUCCGGAUCACGGCCAAAGAGCUGUCUCUGAGCGGCAAAGGCAAGAACAGCGCCAUCGCAGAGAGAUUCUCCAAGUAUCAAAAAGCUGCAGAGGAAGCCACAGACAAGAAGAAGACUUCUUUUGAUGGCAGGGCCUCAUUCCGCUCCGGUACUCUCAGUGCUCUGAAAAAGCGUUGGGAGCAGCCAGAGACCACCAAGGCUCCGGUGCCCAAACCAAUCCCCGAACACCCACCUGUACGCAAGACCCCCAAUUUUCCUGCACCCAAACCUGUGGAUCUACCUGCACCCAAAACCGUCGAUCUACCUGCACCCAAACCCGUUGAUCUACCUGCACCCAAACCCGUUGAUCUACCUGCACCCAAACCUGUGGAUCUACCUGCACCCAAACCCGUUGGUCUACCUGCACCCAAAACCCCAGAUCUUCUUGAACCCGAGAUCCCUGAUCUACCUGCAACCAAGCCCCAGGAGCCACCCAGUGUGAAGGCCUCCAUCACCCGACAAACCUCCACCUCAGCUGAGCCCAAACCAAACAAUACCGAGGAGCACAGACCAGAGAAGCUGCCAAUGGAGCGGAUGAAGAGGAACUUCAGCGAGGACAGGUCUGAGGAUCUGGUCCCGACGAGCCCUUGCGCUGUCUACGAGAAACCCCGAGUGCCCCUCACCAACCUCAAGAAGAAGUUUGAGAGAAGCGAGGAGGCAGUCGUCAAGACUGGACGGACGACUCUACGCAGCACCUCGUCCGACGACAUGAACCACAGCGGAGAUUCUUCUAAACUGAGGGAGAAAAUGGCCAAAUACCAGGCUGCAGUCUCCAAACAAGCACCAAAGCAGAGCGGCGAAACUCUGGCUCCAAAAACAUCAGCUCCUGAGUGCAACGGCGAGAAGGUCAAUGGUGAAGUGAGAGACCCUCCUAAGACCGCCAAAUUCCGGCUGCCGGAGCGUGAGACGUGUUAUGCCUGUGUGAAGACGGUGUAUCCUCUGGAGAGACUGGCCGUUCUACAGCACGUUUACCACAAGAGCUGCUUCAAAUGCUGUCACUGCAGCGCCAGGCUCAGUCUCAGUAACUACGCCUCUCUCCAUGGAAACGUCUACUGCAAACCUCAUUUCAACCAACUCUUCAAGUCCAAAGGAAACUAUGACGAGGGCUUUGGACAUAGACCACACAAGGAGCUAUGGGAGCCCAAAGUGGAGGGAGAGGAGGAGAAAGAAGCAAAACCGACCCAAAAUGAAGGCCCAGAACCGGCUCGAAGUCCUGUUAACGCCAACGCAGACCCCACCCCAAGUGUAGAAGACUCCCCAAUCGCCAAAGUCACUGAUUUGACACAACUUUUGGAGAAGCAGCCGCAAAAAUCGAAGGAAAAAACAAGCGAAAAGCCAAUUCCGAGUCGGCGUUUGCAUGUCGCGUGGCCACCUCCAGCCGGGGAAGGUGAAAACGGCGCCCCCUUGAGUCCAGUGAAGGAAGGAGAUGGAGGAGGAGCAGCGUUAUCUGUGAAGAGUUUUAAAAAAUGGCCGCCCGAAGAUGAACCGGUGUCGUCGUUCCAGAGCACAGAGAGGGCGGAGCUAAAAAGUCUGAGAAGAAGCUCGUCUUUGAAAGAGCGAAGCCGCCCAUUCACGCUGCUAAAAAAUUCCGAGUCGGGUACGAUAACUUCGAGGCAGAAAGAACCAAGAAGACCGCUUAAAUCUUUACAAGAAUGGAGGGCAUCGAUGGAGGAGCGACUGUCUAUGGAAGAGAAAGAGGAGACCAAACCAGAACCAAAACCAGAGCCGGUCCUGACUCCCAUUACGGAGAAGCAAGAAGCACAGGAAUGCCCCAAAGAGGAGCCGGAAGUCCAGUCCCAAGUCCAGCCUGAACCCGAGCAGAAUUCUCAGGAAGAACCAGAGAUGAGCGCAGAAGACAUUAUCAAGAGGAACAGAUACUACGACGACGAGGAGUACGACGAUGACGACACGGUGUAGUCGGAAAGUCACGACGUUAAGCCAUAGUUUUUCAGAUCCAGGUUAUGUCAAAGAUUAAAUUGCACAAAUUGGCAUAAAAAGUUGUAAAUAUUAGCAUUAUGUUUCACUCUAUCAUAAAAAAAUAUCCUCUGCAGAAUUUAAAAGCCAAAAAGUCACAAUAAUGUAAUUUUCAAUUUUAGAGGAAUUUGCAAGUUAUUGUCCUAUUAGAGAUUCAUUUUUAUUGUAUUUUUUAUAUCCGGGUUUACACAGUUUUGAGUUAAAGGUGCACUAUUUAACUUUUCCCUUGGAGAUGUUAUUGUUUUGCCUGGAAUUUUGCACGUUGUGGCAUUUUACUUGUCUAUCUCCAUGGAGACGACACCAGGCUCAUUAUAAGAAUGCAUGUGUUUCAGUUUAUGUUUGAACAACAGAAAUACCUUUAAAACCAGACUGGAGUUUUACCGUCACAGUAAUGCUAACAACAACUAGCAUGCUAACAGUGUACUUCCUGAUUACCUGCCAGAUGCAGAUAGUACGCAGCAGACUUAUUUUGCUGUCAACAGCGUGUUUGUCGAUGUGUGUUUGAACAAUGGAAAUACUUGUAAUUGAAUCAGCGUAAGUAAGUGAAGUAGAUAAGUUUAAUGCCAUACUGUGGAAACUUCCAUGGAGAGCGAUGGCAUCCAUGGAGACAAGCAAGUGGUGGGUCUUCUAAAAGUUACAUAGUGCAUCUUUAAGGGGGAAAAAACAAACAUUCCAGAUUUUUUUUUGUCUUUUUUCUUUUAAAAAUUUGUCAAAAUAUUUAAUCAAUAUUUAACAGACUUUUCCAUGUUUUGUAUUUGCACAUUCCUGUCGAGGCUCUGACCUGAUUUUGGCUUAUUUUUUUUAUAAUGUUCUUAUGUCAAUGCCUGGGAAAACAAUGCCUCUAUCUACUACUAUGUAAAUUUUAUAUUAUUUUAUGAAUGAAGCUUUUAUACUUGUCAAUCAGAACUUAAAUAAGACUUAAGAAAUUAUCUCUGUCUAAAACUAUGCCAUUCACUUUUGUCCAUAUGAAAAAGCCAUUUGAACCUGUUUUAUAUCGAAAAACCUUUUGAAAACUGUGAUAAAAACAACAUACCGAUAUGUCUUAAAGAUCUAGAGUACUGUUUUUGCUUUAAACCUGGUCUAAACUUGGACUAAACCAGGACCAGGGCUGCAAGACUAAAAGUAACCAAAGUAUAUCUGUAGUGCAUCAUUCAAACUCAACAUAAUUUACCAAUAUGUGAAAAAAAAUGCGCUGUACCUGAUUUUUACCGUCUUAAAAACAUGAAAAACUGUUUGCAGUGGUCCAAAGUUACUCCCCAUUCAUCUUAAGCAUUCAGAGUAUCCAAAUUAUUCACCAUGAUGAGUUUAUAAGCACGUUUCACCACUUUCAGAGGCCAGGUUUGACAUCACAGCAAUGCUAACAACAACUAGCAUGCUAACACUGCACUUUCUGAUUACCGGACAAUGAAGAGCUUUAUAAUUAGAUACAAACAGCACACAGCGGACUUAUUUUAACCUCAACAGCUUCCAAAAGACAUAUUUUGCUCAAAGAAAACAAAGGUUGGGUACAGGGCCUUUAAGGAAGACUUGAUAAAAGAAAACUCACUGAGGCUGAACAAUCUGAGAAAAAUAUCUAAUUGUGAAUUUUCUGAUAAGUGUUAUGAUUGUGAUUAUAUUUAUGAUUUAUGUUUUUAUAAGACGAUGGUUUAAAGUUUACAUUUUAAACAGGACCAAGAGAACUGACAAACUAAUACAAGAAACCCAUAUAUUUCAGAACAUGUUUGUAGAGUUUUUAUGCAGAAAAAGACCCAAUGAAGACACAGGGAGGGCAUCUGACACACAAAGGGAGGGCAUCUGACACACAGGGACAUUUCAGAACGUUUGUGCAGAUCUAAACUACAACUUUUAGUCAGAGAAAGACUGGAUAUGUUGUUUUUGGAGGAAAUUAUGGUUCUUCAAAAAAUGUUGGCCUAUUCCUAACAGUGUCCAGUCAAAUUGUACUUUUGAUAUGAUUAUAAUUAUGAUUAUGAUUAGUCUUGCAGCCCUAAUCUGCCGUGUACUUCUCAUAUUUUUAUUUUUUGGUUUGUUUGUGAGAAUAUAAACAAUGGACCGAUUUUUGACUUGAAGAAUCAGCUUUUGAGGAUUAUAAAAAAUGGAGCUUUGAGGCCAAGUUCUGUGUAGAAAUGCAUUUUUUUGUUGAGGUUGGGUGAAUUCACACUGUCCUGAUUUAUACUUGCUUUGGUCCUGGUUUAGUCCUUGUUCCGUUUUGGUUUAGUCCUGGUCUAGUCCAGAUUUAGUUGUAGUUUAAUCCAGAUCUUGUUGUGAUGUGUGAGUGUGGUUCAUUUCUUCAUUUUAACGAUAAACUUUGAUCACAAACCUCUGAA